AUGGCCGAUGAAAUUAUGGACCUAGACAUGGAUGUUAACGACGAGAUAGUAAUCUCCGACUCUGAAGACAGCCCUGUAAAUACAGCUGAAGAACUGGCUGAGAUUCAAAUGGAAGAAGCCAAAAAGUACUAUACAGACAAGCAAUACAAAUCAGCACUCGCGUCUUAUUCAAAAGCUAUAGAGUACUGUCCCAAUGUAGCCAAGUAUUAUGGUAACCGGGCAGCAUGCUAUAUGAUGCUUGAGUUGUAUCGCGAAGCUUUGGUUGAUUCGAGGAAAAGUAUCGAGAUUGACCCGACUUUUGUUAAGGGGUAUACAAGAACUAUAAGGUGUUGCUUGAAAAUGGGGGAGAUAGUUGAAGCAGAAACCUUAUUAAAUAAAUUAAACACAAUAGACCCAACAGCUGCUAAAUCAACUAUUACAGAAUCCCAGGAAAUAAGUUAUGUCCAGCGUUUUCUUAAGGAAGCUAACGUUGCACUUGAGUCCAAGGAUUAUCGUAAAGAAGCUCAAGAAAUAGCAAAUGACAUUUUACAUUUAGACCGGUCAAAUGUCGACGCUACUUAUGUACGUGGUGUGUGUUUGUAUUAUCAGGACAAUGUUGAUCGAGCAUUUGCACACUUUCAAGAAGUACUUAGGCUUGCUCCUGACUACGUAAAAGCUCUGGAGAUGUAUAAGAAAGCAAAGUUAUUGAAGCAAAAGAAAGAAGAUGGUAAUGUCGCCUUCAAAGCAGGACGGUACCAAGAAGCGUAUAAUCUUUACAGCGAAGCAUUGACAAUUGAUCCGCAAAAUAAAAUGAACAACACUAAAUUACAUUACAAUCGUGCGCUGACUGCUUCUAAGUUAGGAAGAUUAAAUGAAGCGAUAACGGAAUGUACCGAGGCACUUAAACUUGACGACAAUUAUUUGAAAGCUUUGUUGAAGCGUGGAGCCUGUUAUAUGGAGCUUCAGGAGUAUGAAGAUGCCGUACGCGAUUACGAAAAGGCGUGUAAGAUAAAUAAAUCUCGUGAUAACCGACGCCUGCUUCUUGAAGCUAAAGAAGCACUUAAGCGAUCCAAGAAAAAAGAUUACUACAAGAUCCUGGGUGUUGAAAGAACAGCUUCCACUGAGGACAUCAAGAAAGCCUACAGAAAAAGAGCCCUGGUUCAUCAUCCAGAUCGGCAUUCAAAUGCUUCGGAGCCUGAGAAGAAAGAACAAGAGAAGAAAUUUAAGGAAAUCGGCGAGGCUUACACCAUUCUUUCUGACCCGAAAAAACGCUCCAGAUACGACAGAGGAGGUGACAUAGAUGAGAUGGAGACUGGUUUUGAUCUUUCUAACUUUGGCACUGACUCAGCGUUUGCGGCCUUCUUCUCAAAGCCUGACACCGGUGGAUUCCACUUCCAGUUUGCUGGAUACAACGACAACUCUCCAUUUUGA